AUGGCAACUGAAUUUAGUAAACCAAACAUUUCAGACAAAGAUACUAAUACAAUAAACACCAAAAAUUGUUCGUAUUGCAAUAAACCUUUUGCUGAAAAAUUAUGGUGUAAAGAAUGUAUUAUUUCUUUAGAAAAAUUAGCAAAAAAUGGUGAUAAAGAAGCAAUGCUUAAUUUAGCUAACUGCUAUAAAAAUGGAGAAGGAACAGAAAAGAAUUUAGAAAAAGCAUUUCAUUAUUACCAAAAAGCAGCUGAAAAUGGUAAUGAAGAAGCAAUGUAUAAUUUAGCCAAAUUUUAUUAUAAUGGAGAAGGAACAGAAAAGAAUUUAGAUAAAGCCUUUUACUGGUAUCAGAAAGCAGUAGAAAAUGGUAAUAAAGAAGCAAUGAAUAAUUUAGCCUACUGUUAUACUAAUGGAGAAGGAACAGAAAAGAAUUUAGAAAAAGCCUUUCAUUGGUAUCAAGAAGCAGCUGAAAAUGGUAAUGAAAUGGCAAUGAAUAAUUUAGCCUUAUGUUAUGAAAAUGGAAAAGGAACAGAAAAGAAUUUAGGAAAAGCCUUUCAUUGGUAUCAAGAAGCAGCUGAAAAUGGUAAUGAGAAAGCAAUGAAUAAUUUAGUCAACUGUUAUAUUAAUGGAAAAGGAACAGAAAAAAAUUUAGAAAAAGCAUUGUGUUGGUAUCAAAAAGUAGCAGAAAAUGGGGAUGAAGAAGCAAUGUAUAAUUUGGCAAGUUUUUAUUAUAUUGGAAUAGGAACAGAAAAGAGCUUAGAAAAAGCCUUUUAUUGGCAUCAAAAAGCAGCAGAAAAAGACCAUGUUAAAGCAAUGUAUAAUUUAGCCGUAUGUUAUGAUGAUGGAAUAGGAACAGAAAAGAAUUUGGAAAAAGCCUUUUAUUGGCAUCAAAAAGCAGCAGAAAAAGACCAUGUUAAAGCAAUGUAUAAUUUAGCUAUAUGUUAUAAUGAUGGAAAAGGAACAGAAAAGAAUUUGGAAAAAGCCUUUUAUUGGUAUCAUAAAGCAGCAGAAAAAGAUCAUGUUAUGGCAAUAAAUAAUUUAGCCAACUGUUAUAAUGAUGGUAAAGGAACAGAAAAGAAUUUAGUAAAAGCCUUUUAUUUGUACCAGAAAGCAGCAGAAAAUGGUGUUAAAGAAGCAAUGUAUAAUUUAGCUGCAUGUUAUAAAAAUGGAAAAGUAACAGAAAAAAAUCUAGAAAAAGCUUUUCAUUGGUAUCAAAAAGCAGUAGAAAAUGAUUCUGAAGGAAGUGCAAUUUUUUAUUUAGCCUUAUGCUAUGAAUAUGGAGAAGGAACAGAAAAGAAUUUAGAAAAAGCCUUUUAUUGGUAUCAAAAAGCAACAGAAAAUAGUAAAAAAAAAACAAUGAAUAAUUUAGAAAAAUAUUAUGAAAAUGGAGAAGGAACAGAAAAGAAUUUAGAAAAAGCCUUUUUUUGGUAUCAGAAAGCAGCAGAAAAAGAUCUUGUUAUGGCAAUGUAUAAUUUAGCCAUAUGUUAUGAAAAUGGAGAAGGAACAGAAAAAAAUUUAGAAGCAGCCUUUUAUUGGAAACAAAAAGUACUAACAUUAAAUAAUAAAGUAAGCGCUAAAGAUGAAGAUGAGAUAUGUAGUAAGUGCAAAAAACCAUCUAUUAAUUACCCAUGGCACCAACAAUGUAAUGAAUGCAAACAACCAUAUAUUGAUUAUCAGUGGUGCCAACAAUGUAAUAUUAAACGAUUUCAACAAGGUUUUUCAAAGUGGACAAGCAAAAAUGAAUUUAUUGAUAAAUUUAUUCAAGAAGCACAACUGAAUGCUAAAAAUAGUUAUGAAAUUUUAGAGUGGAUACCUUAUAAUGAAUUGUUAAGUAUUAAUUAUUAUGAUAAAGGAGGAUUUAGUGAAAUUCAUAAAGCUAUCUGGUCAGAUGGACCUAUUUUUAGUUGGAAUUAUGACAAACAACAAUGGAAUAGACAGCCGGAUCAUGAAGUCAUUCUUAAAAUACUUAAUAAUUCAUCAAAUUUAAAUAAUAAAUUUCUAGAUGAGUGGAAAUAUCAUUAUAAUUGCCAGAAAAAAUCAUUUUCAAAAUUUAUUCAAUUCUUUGGUUUUACCCAAGAUCCAAAUAAUUUAAAUUAUAUGAUAGUAAUGAGUUAUGCAAAAAAAGGAAAUUUGAGAAAAUGUUUAUCUGACAUAAUUGUAUUUAAGUGGCAAGACAAGUUACAAUUAUUGAAAAAAAUUAUUUUAGGACUUAAAGUAAUUCAUGAAUCAAAUUUAACUCAUGGUGAUUUUCAUGAUGGAAAUAUUUUAAUGUCAGAUAAUUACAAUGAGUCAUUUAUUAUUGAUUUAGGAUUAUGUAAACCUAUAAGUGAUUUACAAGAUUCUGAUAAUAGCAGCAUUAAUGAAACUUAUGGAGUUUUACCUUAUAUGGCGCCUGAAAUAUUAAGAAAUAAACCCUAUACUCCAGAAAGUGAUAUUUAUAGCUUUUCAAUGAUAAUGUGGGAAUUUAUAUCAGGUAAUCCUCCAUUUAGUGAUAGAGCACAUGAUCAUCACCUUAUCUUGAGUGUUUGUAAGGGUGAACGUCCUGAAAUUAUUGAAAAUAUUCCAAAAUGUUAUACAGAUUUAAUGAAAAAAUGUUGGGAUUCAAAUCCUUCUAAUAGACCAACUAUAAUAAUGCUUGAAAAUAUUAUAUCUGAAUGGAUUAGAUGUAUUAAUGAAUAUUACAGAUUAAACACGGAUGAAAAUUGUUAUUAUAAUGUAUCUGAUAUUGAUAAUCAAUUAAAAAAUGAUAUGUUUGAAUUUGUAAAAGCAAACAAAGCUGUAGUACAAGAACGAGUAGUACAAUCUCAUUCUCAAGCAUGUUAUAUAAGUCGCAACAUUACUAAAGAAAUAGAAAAGUCUAAUAAUAUUAGUGAGAGCUUUGUUCAAGAAUAUUCUGAAUUGCUGGAAUGUAUAGUUGAAAUUUAA